AUGACGGGAGAGUCGAGUAUAUCUAUCUAUCUAUCUAUCUAUCUAUUCGUUCGCCUGCUUCUUUUUGAUUCCUUCAUAAACUUCUUUUUUUUCCUUUUCUUCUUUUCAUCACUUACGUUUUUAUCCUCGUUUCUCUUUCACAAAUCUCCUCCUCCUCCUCUUCUUCUUCUUCUUCUUCUUCUUCUCGCCGCUUCAUGUGAUUCUUGUUCGUUUCAACCACCCAAUUUACACCUAUCUUACCUAGAUUUUGGGAUCUAUCUAUCUAUCUAUCUAUCUAUCUAUCUAUCUAUCUAUUAUACCUGGCGACGACUUAUUGAAAUACAAGCGUCCACCGUGAAAACUACUCUACAACACUAUCUAUCUAUCUAUCUAUCUAUCUAUCUAUCUAUCUAUCUCAGUCUCUUCAUUAUCUAUCUAUCUAUCUAUCGUUUCAUACACGCUUAUAUUUCUUGCCCCCCAUUCUCUCGCUCUAUGUUUCAUAACAAAUUGCUCUUGGUAUCUAUCUAUCUAUCUAUCUAUCUAUCUAUCUAUCUAUCUAUCUAUCUAUUUCCUCUUGGGAUUUCUUUCUUUCUUUUCGAUCUUUCUUUCUUUUUUUGUGUCCUCUAUUGCUUAUAUGUCUUUCAAAUUUUGAUCUUUCUUUCUUUUUCUUUCUUUUUUGCUUGCUUAUUUCUUAAUCUCUUUUAUCCCAAAAUUAUUGUUAAUACGCCUUCCAAAAUUUGCAUCUUUCUUUCAGUUUUCCACAUUCUUGCCCAGUUCUUUCUUUCUUUCUUUCUUUCUUUCUUUCUUUCUUUCUUUCUAUUUGUUUUUAGUUUACCCAACUCUUUUAUCUAUCUAUCUAUCUAUCUAUCUAUCUAUCUUCUGCUUAAUUUGUAUUUAGCUUUCCCAGUUCUUUUUUUUUUUCUUUCUUUCUUUCUUUCUUCUUUUUUCUUUCUUUCUUUUUUUCUUUCUUUCUUGCUUUCUUUCUUUCUUUUUUGUUUGAUUGUCUGUUUCUUAAUCUCUUUUCACACUUUCUUUCUUUCUUUCUUUCUUUCUUUCUUUCUUUCUUUUGCUUCCUUAUCAAAAUUUGCUUUUUUCUUUCUUUUCAACUUUUUUUGCUUUCUUUUUAAUUUUCCAUGUUGUUUAUACGCCUUCAAAAAUCUGCUUCUUUAUUUCUUUCUAUCUUUCUUUCUUUUCAAUUUUCCACAUUGUUUAUCCGCCUUUCAAAAUUUCUUUCUUUCUUUCUUUCUUUCUUUCUUUUCUAUAUUGUUUAUCCGCCUUUCAAAAUUUCUUUCUUUCUUUUCAAUUUUCUAUAUUGUUUAUCCGCCUUUCAAAAUUUUUUCUUUCUUUCUUUCUUUCUUUCUUUCUUUCUUUCUUUUUCUUUCUUUCUUUUCUAUAUUGUUUAUCCGCCUUCCAAAAUUUGCUCUUUCUUUCUUUCUUUCUUUCUUUCUUUCUUUCUUUCUUUCUUUCUUUCUUUCUUUCUUUUCAGUUUUCCACAUUGUUUAUCCGCCUUUCAAAAUUUCUUUCUUUCUUUCUUUCUUUCUUUCUUUCUUUCUUUCUUUCUUUUUUUCUUUCUUUUCCCUUUUCUAUAUUGUUUAUCCGCCUUUCAAAAUUUCUUUCUUUCUUUCUUUCUUUCUUUCUUUCUUUCUUUCUUUCUUUUCAGUUUUCCACAUUGUUUAUCCGCCUUUCAAAAUUUCUUUCUUUCUUUCUUUCUUUCUUUCUUUCUUUCUUUCUUUCUUUCUAUAUUGUUUAUCCGCCUUCCAAAAUUUUCUCUUUCUUUCUUUCUUUCUUUCUUUCUUUUCAGUGUUCCAUAUUGUUUAUACACAUUCCAAAAUGGGCUUCUUUAUUUUUCUUCUUUGCCUUGUCAGAUUCUAA